UCGACAUCAGGAAGAAGUUACCUGUUGAGUCCUUCCUUGCUUUCUCUUCCGCAUCUAUGCAACUACCCCAGUCAUAUGCGGAAAGCUGACCAUUAAGUCACCUGACCAUUAAGGUAGGCAAGGGGCGCCGGGGAAGACUGGCUCCUUCAUUUCCCAGGAGGGGUCAAACAGCUAGUUCACCAGGGCGCGUUCCUGCACUUGAGAAAAGGACGAAGGAGGUAUUUGUAUUUUGAAGACUAAACUUUGGACCCAUCAUCUGAAAGACCCAUUUGUGGACUCUCUCUGGAUUGCCGCAUAAGGAAGGAAGACCUGGAGCGACUUUUUUUUCCCCCCCCAGCAAAGGAAAGGCCUGUCUAGGCCACCUCCUGUCGGAAUUUACCCCUAGCCCCACACGGUAGAGAGGCAUGGCUUCGGCAGUCUGGGGGAGUGCCCCUUGGUGGGGUCCGCCGCCCCCAGCCCCAGCCCGACCGCUCACAGACAUCGACUUCCGCUCUGGGGCACAGCUGCAGGAACUGACCCAGCUAAUUCAGGAGCUGGGUGUGCAGGAGAGCUGGAGCCAUGGACCCAAGCCCCAAGCCGACCUCCUCCGGGCCAGGGACUUUGUUUUUUCCUUGCUUGGUCUAGUGCACCGCCGGGACCCUCGUUUUCCAGCCCAGGCAGAGCUGCUUCUGCUUCGCGGUGGGAUUCGCGAAGGCUCGCUGGAUCUGGGCCAUGCACCCUUAGGUCCCUACGUCCGGGGUCCUCACUAUGAUGUCGGCUUCACACUGCUCGUGCCGGUGUUCUCGCUGGAUGGUUCUGGGCCCGAGCUGCAACUGGGCCAGGAAUCCUGUUACGCACGGCUCCGCCUCCCAGAGCUGGUGCGCGGGACUUCCGUCCGCGAAGCCUGGCAGGAUUGCCUAGAACCCCCCGUCCCGAAAGAACGUGAUUGGAUUCUUCAAGCCCACAGCCAAGCAAAUCCCACGGACCCGCACAGCUCCGAGGGCCAGCAACACAGUGACGUCCCUGAGCCUGAGCCACACACAUUUUUGGGAAAAUUACCUAGUGACCUUUCGGGGCCCGAAUCGCCUCAGCAUGACGUCGCCGACCUGGGCUCUCCGGCGUCAUUGAAAACUCUAUGUCGUGAAGCCACCAAGAGGGCCUUCGGAAGUCCAGCCCCAAAGCCAUCGGAGGCUCCGAAGGCAUGGCCCACUUUGUGUCCCGCGAAGGUGGCUAAAUGGUUUUUCAUUAAUCUUGCUGGGGUCGCCGAGUCCCUGAUCCCGGUACCAGGUGCCCCGCGCCUGGUGCACGCAGCUCGCCACGCAGGUGUCACCACGGUCCUCCUGGCCACGCCGGGACCACCGCGCCACCUACUGCUCUUCGAUCUGAUCCCCGUAGUGUCCGUGACGGGCUGGCCCGAGGGGGCUCGGAGCCACUCGUGGGCAGGACCCCUGGCCUCCGAGUCGACUUCCUUCUACCUGGUGCCGGGCGGCUGCGUGGAGCAGCAGCAGGGCGCGUCUGGCUGGCAAGUCUGCUUCGCCCGCCAGGAGCUGGCGCUCAAGGCGCGCAUCCCGGCGCCGCUGCUCCAGGCGCACGCGGCCGCCCAGGCGCUGCUGCGCCCGCUGGUGGCGGGGACCCGGGCCGCCGCGCCCUACCUCCUGCGGACCCUGCUGUACUGGGCGUGCGAGCGGCUGCCCGCGCUUUACCUGGCGCGGCCGGAGAAUGCGGGCGCGUGCUGCCUCGGGCUGCUGGAUGAGCUAGGCCGAGUGCUGGAGGCCCGGACACUGCCUCAUUAUUUUCUGGGCGGCCGGAAGCUCCGCGCGGGAGAAGGCUCGGCCUCGCUGUUAGGGGCUCUGGUCCAGCUCCGCGGGGACCCUGCCCAGGCGCUGCGCGCCGCCGUGGAGGAGGCCAAGGUGGCCCGCAAGGGGGGCGGUUUAGCCGGCGUAGGGGGCGGGACCCACUAAAGAUUCUUCUACUCGUGCGGACAGUGGUUUCCAUUGGCGGGCGGGACUGCUCCUCCCUCUCUCUGGAGGCCGACUGUGUGCACUGGGCCCCGAAGUCUUUUCCUCGGAAAGGGCUCCAGAUGAUUGAUUCCUUCCCAUGGCCCUGUCCAGCCUCAGGCCCAGGUUUCUCCAAAUCUGGCCAGCACCCCUGUGGUCCUAGCGCUGCCUUCCGCAACCUCUAUCCUUAAUUGUUGCAGUCAACAGAGAUGGGGGAAAUAGAUCUGUUGGCAAAAGGAAGAGAGAGAGAAAGAAAGAGAGAGCGCGCCCUGGAAACCUGGGCUGGUAAUUUGGCACACCACACACAAAAGCAGAUGUUAAAGCCAGCUUCUAUCCCAAGGUGUAUCUUACAGUUACCCCAUCUCUCCACUACACCCUUCUUUUCUUGUCCAGUUCUGUCUUCACUUCCAGCCGGGUAGAAUCUCCCGCGUCGCCAUUCCAUAGCAAGUGCCCCCCCCCACACCCCCCCAGAAUCCAGGAUUCGGUUCAGGAUUCCUUGUCCCUCCUCCUGGGAGCCCCGAGACUCGCCUUGUGUAGGCUCCGCCUGCCCCGGAGACUGUCCCCACUCCGGGCUUCCGAGGAACCCCAGGGUACCGCUCGGCCAGCUUCGCAACCCCGCCUUUCCCUGCGUCUCCGCCCCCUGCCCCGCCCCCAGGCCGGCACUCGGAGGUGGGGGAGCUGCUGCCGCUGCCACCGCCUCAGCUUCCCACGGCCGCUGCCGCCUCCGCCGCUGCCACCGCUCUGCCCGGGUCUAGGCUUCAGGCCCAGGGUGCCGACUUCGCCGAACCAGGGCGCUCUCUACCGGGACAUCCUCAUUCCUUCGUCGGGGGUCCGAGACGCCCGAGCCAGGCGUUGGGGGGAAGCUCUGCUUGCGGGGGACAGGGAGGGAGGAGCCUGGAGCCGGAGCCAGCGCCACCCCGUCGCCCGGAUCAACAGGACGGGACAGGUUGAGGGGCGUCGGGGGAAAGGCAGAGGGGGGAGGGUGUUAAUUGGCAGUUCCGGGGAGGACGAGGAAGCCCUGUCGCAGGAAGCGUUGCUGCGCUUUGAGUUAUUAGGGGAUUGUUCACAUUUGGGGAGUGGUGACCACGUGGGUGCGCUACUCUCUGGGGGGGCUGGUUAGAUUGGGAGGGCGUGGGAUCUAAACAGCACCAGCUGUCCCUGGGGAAAUUUAAGGUGCAACCAGAAGAAGAAGAAAAAUAAAACAACAAAUCAGAACAACAACAAUAAAAAAAAAAAACCCACGAGGGAUGGUCCUUGUGUGGAGGUGACAGAGGG